AUGGAUCAAGAUAUUAAGAAGAUAAAACCUUAUAUUGCCAACAUAAGGAAACAAUUGAAUGCAUUGGCUCCACAAUUAGAAAAUUUAACUAAAAAAUCACUGGAUGAACAAUUAUUAGAAGAAAAUUCAGAACGUAAUAAAUUAGAUAUUUCAAAUACUUAUGCAUAUAUAUUGAAUUCGUUGUUUUUCUCAUAUGGUAAAAUUGUGGGUUUACAAAAAGAAAAUAUUGAUUUAAUUCGUAAUGAAUUAAAUAGAGUUCAAAACUAUAUGAAGCAAACAAAUGAUUAUGAUAAUAAAAUUAAUAACUUAAAACAAAAAAAUAAAAAUUAUCAAAAUAAUUUAAAAGAUAAUUUAACAAAAUCAUUAAAUAAUAACGAACCAUCUAUAAGUACGAAAAAUUUCCAAGGUAAACAUACAAAAUUUGAAAAUGAUGAUAAUAAAAAUAAACAAGAAGAAGAAAACGAUGAAGAAAAAAAUUCAACGGAAUAUAAUAGUAAUCUUGUGAAUGAAAUUACUGAAAGAAUUAUAAAAUCUAAAUCUAAAAAGGAUAAGAUUUCUAAACGUCAAAAAAAUAGAAAUAAAAAUAAAAUUAGUAAGGCAUGA